AUGGCAAAGGCAAAAACCGAAAGCUUGCCCAACCGGCACAUGUAUACCAGGGUAUCUUACCUGCACCAAGCCGCCUGUUACUUGUCGACGGUGCAGCCGACAACCCCCAACUCAAACCCAACAUCGCAGGAGGAGCCCCACGAUAAUGCUCAGGCUGACCGGGGCAAGCACUCAGCAAGCGAAACGGUCGCCCGCCGCCUCGUUUCCGACAUUCGAGCCGUCUCUCUCAAGGCUCAGAUUCGCCCCAGCCCGGCAGUCAAGCAGAUGAUGUGCAAGUAUUGCGACAGUUUGCUUGUGGAGGGAAAGACUUGCUCUACGACGGUUGAGAACCUGAGCAAGGGCGGCAAGAAGCCGUGGGCGGACGUCAUGGUCACCAAGUGCAAAGCGUGCGGCAAUGUCAAGCGCUUCCCAGUGAAUGCCGCCCGUCAGAAGAGACGGCCAUUCCGUGAGGCUAAGGAUGUGGGAAAAGAUGUCGAAAUGACGCAGCCGGCAGACACGGCACCUCAACAGGCAAUUGGUGGUGAAUGA